AUGAUUACUCAAACAGAAGGUACUGUGUGUAGUUACUGUGGUAAAGAUUUUGUUGCCUUAAGCCGGUUUUCCACUAGGCGGAAUUUUGCGCGCGGAGCGGAAUUUUUCUUUGUUUUGUGAUUUCUCGGGUGGAACUAAUUAAAAAAGACAAAGAAAGAUUCCGCUCCGCGCGCAAAAUUCCGCCUAGUGGAAAACCGGCUUUAAGGCCCUGUCACACUAUUGCGUAUCGUACUAGCGUAUGCCAGCGUAUGAAAAAUAUCACUCAUACGCCGGUGUACGCUGACAUACGCUAGGGGUACGUUACGCAUAGGUUGUAUACGUUUCAAGCACGGUCGCAUACGCUGGCAUACGGCGAGGCAGAAACUUUUUUUUAAGCAUGUUCAAAAAUUUUGUGCGUAUCGGACGUAUGCUUUAUACGAUAACCAUGCUCUAGGCACAUGCUGAAUACGCUAGAGGUACGCCAGAUGUACGGUACUCAUACGCUGGCAUUUCAAAGGAUUUUUGUGCGUAUGAAAAUUAUUUCAUUGAUUUUCGUACGCUUCUCAUACGUUUCUCUCAUACGCAAUAGUGUGACAGGGCCUUUAGGUCGACAUGUUUGACGCUGUAAAGCACGCGUGACCAGUGAUGCAUUCACUGCUUCGCCUAGAACCACCUUUGAUACUAGCCAAGAACAAUCGAACAGCGCUGUCCUUCCCGAACUAUCAUCUGUUAACUUAAAUAACGAACACGAUCAUAAUUAUUUAGAGGCUUUUGCAAAUAAUCAUGAGCUAGAAACCGUCGAUCACGAUCUGCUACAUGCCGAAUGCCAUUGUGGUAAAAAAUGCAAAAGUUUUAAAGGCCUUCAAGCGCAUCGUAGACACUGUCCCAUUAAUGGAAAUCUUGAUUUAAACCUACUGUUUGCAGAAGAUUCUGAUCCACCGAUACCAUCAGGGCAAGCAAGCAGAGUACAUUCAGUUGAGAAUGAAGAGACGCAAUGUCUAGAUAAUUCAUUUCAGAGAAUACCCGUUAAAUCAGGAAUAAAGUUACCAAAAACACCGACUGAUUGGGAUAAUGCUAAUGAAUAUUUUAGAGCAAAUUUGAAUACCAGUAACGAAAUAACUGAUAUUGAUACUGAAAUUAGCUCACUGCAGGACAUGAUUUAUACAUAUUUCAAGUCAAACUUUGGAACUUAUAACAACGAGGAUGACACUGUCACAGCAUAA